AUGGUAAGCUCUAACUGUUCCACUGAGGACUCCUUUAAGUAUACUUUAUAUGGGUGUAUCUUUAGCAUGGUGUUUGUUCUGGGCCUCAUAGCCAACUGCGUGGCUAUCUACAUUUUCACCUGCACCUUAAAAGUGCGGAACGAGACCACGACCUACAUGCUCAACUUGGCAAUAUCCGACCUGCUCUUCGUGUUUACCUUACCCUUCAGGAUUUAUUACUUCGUCACGAGGAACUGGCCCUUCGGAGACAUCCUGUGCAAGAUUUCGGUCACCCUUUUUUACACCAAUAUGUACGGGAGCAUUUUGUUCCUGACCUGCAUCAGCGUGGACAGGUUCCUAGCUAUAGUGCACCCCUUUCGGUCCAAGACCCUGCGGACCCAGGGCAAGGCCAGGCUGGUCUGUGCCGCCGUGUGGGUGACGGUGCUGGCGGGCAGCACGCCAGCCAGCUUCUUCCAGUCCACCAACCGCCGCAACGACACCCAGCAGAGAACCUGCUUUGAGAACUUCUCAGAGGACACGUGGAAAACCUACCUGUCCCGCAUCGUCAUCUUCAUCGAGACCGUGGGCUUCUUCAUUCCCCUCAUCCUCAACGUCACCUGCUCUACCAUGGUCUUGCGGACUCUGAAUAAGCCCCUGACGUUAAGCAGGAAUAAGUUAAGCAAGAAAAAGGUGCUCAAAAUGAUUUUUGUCCAUUUGGUGAUAUUCUGCUUCUGCUUCGUGCCUUACAACGUCACGUUGAUACUGUACUCCCUGAUGAGAACGCAGACCUGGAUUAACUGCUCGGUGGUGGCUGCAGUGAGGACGAUGUACCCUGUCACCCUGUGCAUUGCUGUCUCCAACUGCUGCUUCGACCCCAUCGUCUAUUACUUCACCUCAGACACCAUCCAGAACUCUAUCAAAAAGAACCGCUCCAGACCGCGGGACGGGCGGUUCUCCGAGAGGCCAGUUUCAGAAAACUUCAUCCAGCACAGCCUUCAGACCAUAAAAAUGAAAAUAUUUGACAGUGACUCUACAGUAUGA